CACGAUGGGUCGUCGUUCUCUCUUGUCCUUCUUCUCCCUCCUCCUCCUCCUCUUCUCCGCCACCAACGCCAUAGGCGGUGAUGUAUCCUCAUCUGAUCCGAAGAUCCGUCAAGUCGUCCCGGAGGAAGAACAGGCUGCCGACGAUCUCCUGAACGCCGAGCACCACUUCAGUAUCUUCAAGAGCAAGUUUGGCAAGACCUAUGCUACUGAGGAGGAGCACGACUACCGUCUGUCCGUUUUCAAGUCUAACAUUCUCCGUGCUAAGCGUCAUCAGCUGCUGGAUCCUACAGCCGAGCAUGGCGUUACUAAGUUCUCCGAUUUGACCCCGUCGGAGUUCCGCCAGAAAUACCUCGGCUUGAAAAGUCCUCUUAAGCUUCCAACCGAUGCUAACAAAGCUCCGAUUCUUCCGACCAGUAAUCUUCCGGAAGACUUUGACUGGCGCGACCAUGGCGCUGUUACUGCCGUCAAAGAUCAGGGUUCAUGUGGAUCGUGUUGGUCCUUUAGUACCACAGGAGCUUUGGAAGGAUCUCACUUCCUUCAAACUGGGGAGUUAGUUAGCUUGAGCGAACAACAGCUUGUGGAUUGUGAUCAUGAGUGUGAUCCAGCAGAAUACAAUUCAUGCGACUCUGGAUGCAACGGUGGACUGAUGAACAAUGCAUUUGAGUACAUACUCAAGGCAGGUGGUGUUCAGAAAGAAGCAGAUUACCCCUACACCGGAAAAGAUGGUACCUGCCACUUUGACAAGUCCAAAAUUGCUGCAUCUGUCGCCAACUUCAGUGUCGUUUCCACAGAUGAAGACCAAAUCGCUGCCAAUCUUGUCAAGAAUGGCCCUCUUGCAAUUGGGAUUAAUGCAGCUUGGAUGCAAACCUAUGUUGGUAAAGUAUCAUGUCCAUAUAUUUGCUCAAAGCAGCGAUUGGAUCAUGGUGUUCUUCUUGUUGGAUAUGGAGCUGCUGGGUAUGCACCUCUGAGGUUCAAGGACAAGCCAUACUGGAUUAUUAAGAAUUCAUGGGGUGCAAACUGGGGAGAGGAUGGCUACUACAAGGUUUGCAGUGGUUACAAUGCCUGUGGAAUGGACACCAUGGUCUCUGCUGUUGUUUCUACAAAUACUUAAAUGGACUCUGCUCCAAUUUGUAAAUAUGUAUCCUGUUGUAUUAAAACUGUCAGUCUCUAGAUGUAUGUCGACUCUCGGGGAGUAAAAGACCAGCAAGUCUGCACAUGGCUGGUUUUGAAUAGCUCAUGCUCUAGAUGUUAGUCUUAUGUAGUAGUUUCAGUUUCUGUUCUUCAUCUACACUACAUAUGGAUUAAACUUGGAACACUCCUUUAUAUUA